CUUAGCUUGUUCUCGGGAUCGGGAUCUGGAUCAGCCAUAUUCCCUUCCAACUAGCCACACCGGUGGCUCCCCUCAAACUACAGAAAAACCGUUUCUAAUCCUUCGCCACCUUCUCAGCUGCUGCUAACCGACAUUUUGAUUACGCCGACCUCGUCCCGGAGCUCCGGAGUGUGUCACGGAGCUAUCGCACCGACUGCCGGACAUGGGGCAGCGGUGGCGGCCAACCUGAGAGUCGAGGGUCAGAACGACGCCAGAUUUCCGUGAGAAUAGACCACAUUUGCCGGGAUUAACGCCGAUGUAGAGCGCGGGCCUGAGGGCUGAACGGCGACGACACGACGGGGCGAAAAUAACAAGCGGAGACACACCGACACCCAGACGGCUCAAAAUGUCGGGAAUGUUUUCCCGGAGCUAACGAGUUAGCUGCGGUUAGCCGGCAGAAAGCGGAGCCUCGGCGGCGGCCAACGGUCUCAGCGGAGGGGUUGGUGACGGUGGAUCAGCGUUCCGGGUCAGGAUGUCUGCUCAGGUCCGUCUAAAGCGGCUGGAAGAACUGCUCGUGGAGCAGAAGGCGGCCGGCUGUGUGAGCAUGGAGACGCUGCUGGACCUGCUUCUCUGCCUCUACACGGAGUGCUCCAGCUCCCCGCUGAAGAGAGAGAAGCACAUCACUGACUUCCUGGAGUGGGUGAAGCCGUUCACCACCACAGUGAAGGACAUGAGGCUGCACAGAGACGACUUUGAGAUGCUAAAGGUGAUAGGAAGAGGAGCUUUUGGAGAGGUUGCUGUAGUGAAGAUGAAGCACACUGAAAGAGUUUAUGCCAUGAAGAUUCUUAACAAAUGGGAAAUGUUGAAGAGGGCUGAGACAGCAUGUUUCCGUGAGGAGCGAGACGUCCUGGUGAAGGGAGACAGUCAAUGGAUCACAACUCUGCACUAUGCCUUCCAAGAUGACAACUACCUGUACCUGGUGAUGGAUUAUUAUGUGGGUGGGGACCUGCUGACUCUGCUCAGCAAAUUUGAAGACCGUCUUCCAGAGGACAUGGCCAAGUUCUAUGUCGCUGAGAUGGUGCUGGCCAUCCACUCCAUCCACCAGCAGCACUACAUCCACAGGGAUAUUAAACCAGACAAUGUUCUGCUGGACGUGAAUGGACACAUCCGCCUCGCCGACUUUGGGUCCUGUCUGCGCAUGAUGGAGGAUGGCACAGUCCAGUCUUCUGUGGCUGUGGGCACGCCAGACUACAUCUCCCCAGAGAUCCUGCAGGCGAUGGAGGACGGGAUGGGCCGCUAUGGACCAGAGUGUGAUUGGUGGUCUCUGGGAGUCUGUGUGUAUGAAAUGCUGUAUGGAGAAACACCGUUCUAUGCCGAGUCGCUGGUGGAGACCUACGGCAAGAUCAUGAACCACGAGGAGCGUUUCCAAUUCCCCUCGCACGUCACCGAUGUGUCUGAAGUCGCCAAAGACCUGAUCCAGCGUCUGCUGUGCUCCAGGGAACGCCGCCUCGGUCUCAAUGGCAUCUCUGACUUCAAGGGCCACCCCUUCUUCAGUGGGAUUGACUGGGACAACAUCCGGUCUGCUGAGGCUCCCUACAUCCCUGACGUGUCCUCACCCACUGAUACCUCCAACUUUGAUGUUGAUGAUGAUGUUCUCAAGAACCCGGACAUUAGCCCUCCAGUGUCCCACACUGGUUUUACUGGUCAGCACCUUCCUUUUGUCGGCUUUACCUUCACCACUGGCAGCUGCUUCUCUGACCACAGUUCUGUAAGUCGGGCUGGGCUUGAGGUCCGACAGCAGGAGGAGGGUGGAGGUGCUGGACAAGAGGUGGAGGUGUUUGAAAAGAGGAUCCGUCGAUUGGAGCAGGAAAAACAGGAGUUGAACCGUAAACUGCAGGAAUCAACUCAGGCCUUGCAAGCUCCGGCUCGAGGAGGAACUCUGACUCGAGACAAAGAGAUCAAGAAGCUCAAUGAGGAGAUUGAACGGCUCAAGAAAAAGCUAGCAGAAUCUGAUAGGCUGGAGCACCAGCUGGAGGAGGCAGUUUCCCUUAGACAGGACUACGAGAGCUCUGCCUCUAAACUGAAGACCGUGGAAAGACAGGUGAAGACCCUAAGACAGGAAAAGGACGACGUACACAAGCAGCUGUCUGAGUCUCUGGAGCGUUUGAGGAGUCAGACGAAGGAGCUGAAGGAUGCACACUCUCAGAGGAAACUGGCUCUGGCAGAGUUUUCGGGGCUGUCAGAGAGGAUGGGUGAGCUUCGCUCCUCCAAACAGCGUGUGUCCCGUCAGCUCCGGGACAAGGAGGAGGAGAUGGACACCCUGCUGCAGAAGAUGGACACCAUGAGACAGGAGAUUCGUAAAACAGAGAAGAACCGCAAGGAGCUGGAGGCUCAGUUGGAUGAUGUGAAGGCAGAGGCAUCUAAGGAGAAGAAGCUGAGGGAGCACACUGAGGUUUACUCUAAACAGCUGGAGACUGAGCUUGGGAACCUAAAGUCCCAGCAGGGUCGGGGAGCAACGGCAGGGGGGUCUGAGUCACAACAGGAGUUGUCCCGUCUGAAGGCUGAGCUUGAUAAGAAGAUCCUGUUUUAUGAGGAGGAGUUGCUGAGAAGGGACUCUGCCCACUCCUCUGAGCUCAAAAACCUCCGCAAAGAUCUGCAUGAGUCUGAGGGGGCCCAGCUCAUGACCAACAAGGAGCUGUUGCAGAUUCGAGACAAACUGGACAAGCUCAAGAGAGAAAGACAAGCUGAGAUAGAUGAAGCCAUUGCAGCUGUAAAGAAGAAUUAUGAACGAGAGAAAAAUAUACUGACAGAAGAAAACCAUAAACUCACAGCUGAGACAGACAAGCUGUGCUCAUUUGUGGAUAAACUGACUGCUCAGAAUCGGCAGCUGGAAGAUGAACUUCAAGACUUGUCGUCUAAGAAGGAGAGUGUGGCUCACUGGGAGGCCCAGAUUGCAGAAAUCAUCCAAUGGGUGAGUGAUGAAAAGGAUGCCCGAGGUUACCUUCAGGCCCUGGCCACUAAGAUGACAGAGGAGCUGGAAACACUGCGCAGCUCCAGCCUGGGAACCAGGCCUUUGGACCCUCUGUGGAAGGUGCGGCGGAGCCAAAAACUGGACAUGUCAGCUCGUCUGGAGCUGCAAUCUGCUCUGGAUGCUGAGAUCAGAGCCAAGCAGCUUGUUCAAGAUGAGUUGCGCAAAGUCAAGGAUGCCAACAUCAGUCUGGAGAGUAAGCUGAAGGAGUCUGAGGAGAACAGAAGAGAGGCAAUGGAGCAGAUGGAGAAUCUUAAAAGGGAGAUGGAGGAAAAUCGUUCCUGCUCUGAUAAAGGUCUGAAGCUUCCAGACUUUCAGGACUCCAUCUUUGAGUAUUUCAAUACAUCACCUCUGGCUCCAGACCUCACCUUCAAAUCUACAGACAUCGACUACACCCCACACAAAUUGGAGAUCUCCCCCCAAAUGCCCGCUGCCACCUCAGAACAAGAGGAAGUCACGGCAACGCCAGUCCCCGAGAGUCCCUCCCCCACAAACCAGAGCUCAGCACUGACCUUAUCAAAGCCCAAAGCUCACCAGCUGAGCAUUAAGACAUUCUCCAGUCCGACUCUGUGCACACACUGCACCUCACUGAUGGUGGGACUCAUUAGACAAGGAUAUGCCUGUGAAGUGUGCUCCUUCAUCUGUCACGUGUCCUGUAAAGACCACGCCCCCCAGGUCUGCCCCAUCCCAGCUGAGCAAGCCAAAAGGCCACAGGGCAUUGAUGUCCAGAGAGGCAUUGGCACUGCAUACAAAGGCUAUGUCAGGAUCCCGAAGCCUACUGGGGUAAAGAAGGGUUGGCAGCGAGCAUUUGCUGUGGUGUCUGAUUGUAAACUUUUUCUCUACGACGUUGCGGAGGGAAAGUCCACCCAGCCUGGCGUGGCAGCCAGUCUGGUUCUUGACCUCAGAGAUGAGGACUUUUCUGUCAACUCUGUCUUAGCAUCUGAUGUGAUCCAUGCCACCAGCAAGGACAUCCCCUGCAUCUUCAGGGUUACAUCCUCACAGCUGAUAUCGCAGCUCUCCUCUCUGUCUCUGCUGGUCCUGGCAGAGAGCGAAGUAGAGAAGAAGAAGUGGGUCAGAAUUCUAGAGGGGCUGCAGAACAUUCUGACCAAGAACCUGCUGAAAAGCCGGCAGGUCCACAUUCUGCAUGAGGCCUAUGACGCAUCACUGCCCAUCAUCAAGACCACACUAUCCGCGGCGGUGCUCGAUAGGGAGAGGGUUGUCCUGGGAACCGAGGAUGGAUUGUUUGUGGUUGAGGUUACCAGAGAUGUUAUCCUGCGAGCUGCCGACAGCAAAAAGGUUUAUCAAAUCGAUUUGCUUCCAAAAGAGAAGAUCAUUGUUCUUCUUGGUGGUAGGAACCGUCAUGUUCAUCUUCACCCCUGGGAGGUUCUGGAGGGCACAGAACCUGCCUUCGACAUAAAGCUGGCAGACACAAAAGGCUGCCAGGCUCUGACCACAGGAGUCCUCCGACCAGGAGGCCCAGCCUGCUUGCUGGCUGCUGUCAAACAAAAGGUUCAGUGUUAUGAGAUCACCCGAGCAAAGCCACACCAUAAAAAGCUGUGGGAGGUUCAGGCCCCUGGCGUGGUGCAGUGGUUGGGAAUGGUGAGGGAGCGCCUGUGCGUUGGGUAUCCCUCUGGGUUUGCUCUGUUGGCCCUGCAGGGGGAGUCAUCCCCCAUCAGCCUAGUGUACCCAGCUGAUCCGUCUCUGGCCUUCCUGGCACAGCAGCCCCUAGAUGCUCUGCAUGCCCUGGAGGUUGGCUCUAACGAGGUUUUGCUGUGCUUCAGUCAGCUUGGCGUCUAUGUUGAUGGACAAGGCCGCCGCUCCAGAACCCAGGAACUGAUGUGGCCUGCGUCACCCCUUGCAUGCAGCUCAAACUCAUCGCACCUGACGGUCUAUAGUGAAUAUGGAGUCGAUGUCUUUGACAUUCACACCACAGAAUGGGUCCAGACGAUCUCCCUACGCAAGAUCAGACCUCUGAAUAUUGAAGGGACGUUGAACCUGCUGAGUUCAGAACCUCCACGUUUGAUUUACUUCAGCAACACCUCGUCAGAGGGAGAUCUCACCAUACCUGAAAAAUCUGAAAACAGCAGGAAGUUGAUGGUUCGAACUCGCAGCAAGCGGAAGUUUCUUUUCAAAGUUCCAGAAGAGGAGCGGCUACAGCAGAGGAGGGUGAUGCUAAGGGAUCCUGAGCUCAGGUCCAAGAUGAUUUCUAAUCCUACAAACUUUAACCACGUGGCCCACAUGGGACCAGGAGACGGGAUGCAGGUCCUCAUGGAUCUUCCUUUGGUUGGUGAUGUCACCUCCCUCUCCCUGUCCCCCUCCCCUUCCUCGUCCUCCUCCCGUCACACCCUCAUCUCCCCUCCCUCCAACUUUGAGCACGUGUAUCACAUGACGUCAGCAUCGGCUGGCGCCUUCUUGCAGAAAGACGCCUCCUCUUGUUCCUCCUCCCAGCAGAGCCUACUGCAGCCUUCCUCCUCUUCUUCCUCUCCCUCCACCUCUUCUUUGGGAAGGAGCGUGAUGCCUUCCUCUCAGGACGAGUCUAUCAGAGAUAAACCCCGGCCCCUGUCCACCAUCUCCCGGCAACAACGAAACAAGACGUAUAUCACACGCACGGCCUCAGAUUUUGGAGGUGGAGCUUCAUCCCGCUCUGAGCUGGACCAGGACCUGGACCGGGAGCUGGACUCGGACUCCACCAAGCAUUCAACCCCCUCCAACAGCUCUAACCCCAGCAGUCCACCCAGCCCCAACUCCCCCCACCGUAGCCAACUGACUCUGGACAGCCUGGAAUCAGAGCCCUGAGACUGACGCCCUCCCCCUUAAGCCGAAUGAACCAGUCAGGCUGCAGACGGCGUGUUUUACCUUGGUUUUAUUGUGAUGGAGUCAGUCUGCACUUUCUGCUGCUUUUAUUUUGUUGGAUUUUAACUCCUGGGAAACCCUGCCCCCCGGUUUUAUACCCACCCCUGCUUACAGCUGCUGUGUUUGACCUUAUCUUCUGGAUGGCUCUGUGGGACCAGUUGCUUCCUUUCCUCCUCUUGUGUGUAUUAAAUAACUUCCUGUUAAGCAUUAGCACUGUUAGCCACUGUGCUAACUUUUGGCUAACAUACAGACAGGAGAUCUCACUCUAAUGGGGGCAAAAAACUGAAAUAACUUUAAUGUUUUUGAUAAAAUUGCACAUUACCAUCUUGUUGUUGUAGGAGAAAAAUAAUCUUUGAUUUUUGUGUUAGUGACACCUUUCUGGUGCCCCCCUCCUACCACCACCAGUUUGACUACAGAUGGAGGUGAAGUGGAGUCACUACUGAACACCACUUCUUUUCUUCCUCCAGAAUCAUCAUUUACAGAGUCUUUGUAAUUAUGAACCUGCAGCCAAACACAAUAAAUAAGCCUGAAGAAAGUCA